AUGGUUCGCAAAGGCGAUGGAAGUUGGAGACCGUGUGGCGAUUAUCGCAUGCUCAAUGCGCAAACUAAACCUGAUCGGUAUCCGAUUCCGUUCAUUCAUGAUGUGACGAGUAUUCUUCAUGUGGAUCGUGCUCGAGCUCCACUUGAGCAGCCUUACGAAGGUCCAUUUGAGGUGCUGAGUCGUAGUGAGAAGACGUCUGUUAUUGUUUGCCGUGGAAGAGAGGUGACUGUUUCGAAUGAUAGGUUGAAGGCGGCGUACUUAACGUGUGAUGAUCUUGAACAGGUUGUUCCAGAAACGCGUCAGCCUUCAGCGCUGUUGAAUGGUGAUCAGUUAGUGACUUCUGGUGAUUGUAGGCGUGAAUCCCUGUUGCCGAUUCCGAAAGUGACACGAGCUGGUAGAGUAGUGCGUUUCCCAGCAAGCAAAGUGUAUGGUGCAUAUAAUUUUCGCGAUCCUGUCAUUUUCGUAUCUGACAUCGAAUUGAUUAAAAAGAUAGGUAUAAAGGAUUUCGACAAUUUUGCCAAUCAUAAAGCGACUUUUAAUGAAGUCAGGGACAAUAUUUUGGCCAAAAGUUUAGUGAAAUUGCAAAAUCAAAAAUGGAAGGAAAUGCGUACAACGCUGACCCCAACUUUUACUGGUAGUAAAAUGCGACAAAUGUUCGAACUUAUCAAUGAAUGCAGUAUUGAAGGAGUUUCGUUUCUGCAAAGCGAAUUGAAAGCAGCAGGGAUUAAUGAACUUGACAUAGAAAUGAAAGACUAUUUUACAAGGUAUUCCAAUGACGUCAUUGCAUCAGCAGCAUUUGGCAUAAAAGUCAAUUCAUUUGUGAACAAGACAAAUGAAUUCUAUGAAGUUGGUAGAACGUUUACACGUUCCGUGGGACUAAUAAUGGUUAAAGCGUUUUUAAUCAAAGUUGUACCAACCAUAACAAGAUUACUACACAUAAAACUAUUGAAUGAAACAUUGUUAAAUUAUUUCCGAAGUUUAGUUUUUGAUGCAAUUGAAUAUCGUAAGAAAAAUAAUAUCAUACGUCCUGACAUGAUACAUCUUCUUACGGAAGCAAAAAAACAAUUUGAUGCCUCGAAACAACAAAGAAUUGCCGAUCACGCUGAAUUUAAUGAUGAGGAUCUUUUGGCACAAUGUUUAUUAUUUUUUCUGGCUGGAUUUGAGACAGUUUCCACUUGUCUUUGUUUCACUUGUUAUGAAUUGUUGAUGAAUCCGGAUGUACAAGAAACUCUAUACGAGGAAAUUUUAGCUACAGAACAAGAUCUCAAUGGGUCACCAUUGUAUUAUGAUGCUCUAAUGAAUAUGAGAUAUAUGGAUAUGGUAGUAUCAGAAUCCUUGAGGAAAUGGCCACCUGCUUUGGCUACAGAUCGUGUUUGCGCAAAUGAUUACAAUCUAACUGACAAUGAUGGAAAAUUGAUACUCAAACUUAAAAAAAAUGAUCUUAUAUUUAUACCUAUUGUUGGCCUGCAUUAUGAUCCCGAACAUUUCCCAGAACCUGAAAAAUUUGAUCCUUUACGUUUUUCUGAUGCAAAUAAAAAAAAUAUUAAUCAUUUAGCUUACGUACCUUUUGGUUUAGGACCUAGAAGUUGUAUUGGUAAUCGUCUUGCUUUAAUGGAAGCCAAAGCAAUGAUAUAUCAUUUGCUCUUGCAUUUUAAAAUUGAACCAAAUGAAAAAACUAGUACAGAUAUGUUUAACUCUAUACGCGGAUUUCAACUAAAACCUAAGGAGCUAUUCUGGAUGAAAUUUACACCACGUAACAAGAAUUGAAAUUAAUAUUUUUAUAAGUGUGUGUAUAAUUAUACGUUUGUAAAUAAUGACCAAAAAGUAUUAAUGCCGUACUUAUAAAUUUUUUCUAU